CUUUUACCCAUUUUAGUCUGAGAUGCAGACGGGGGAAGCACAAUGAAGAGACGCUAUAAUUUGACAGAGGCUCUUGAAUUACUUUGGAACCCUGAUGAGGAGUUGAGAGACCAGGAGGAAUCUGAAGAAGAAGAAGAAGAAGAGGAUGUAUCAGAGGAAGAGGACAAUUGUGAAGAAAAUGAGAAUAAUGCUUCAACAGAUGAGGAAGAAUCAAGUGAUGAGGAAGAGGAACCUCAGAUGGAAGAGUGUUUCCAGUCAAAAGAUGGAAGUUUGCUGUGGUCUUCCAUCCCUCCUAGUGACAGACGUCGCAUGUUGGUAGCAGAGAGAGAGAGGAGCCCCAGGGGUCCAACAAGGUACGCAGUGGCUCGCGUUGAUAGUAUAACGUCUGCUUUUCAACUGUUUCUGCCAGACCAAGUUGAAAAAAUUGUGCUGAACAUGACCAACAAGGAGGGGCGUCGUGUUUAUGGCAAUAAGUGGAGAGAGAUGGAUGGGAUAGCUCUCCAGGCAUACUUAGGUCUGUUGAUUCUCGCUGGAGUAUAUCGAUCCAAUAAAGAAUCCACGGCCAGUUUGUGGCAUGCCCAGUCUGGUCGAGCAAUUUUUGGGGCCACAAUGCCCCUCAAAAUGUUCCACAUUAUCUCAAGGGUCAUUCGGUUCGACGAUCGAGAUACAAGAACAGCACGCCGUGCACGUGACAAACUCGCUGCCAUUCGUGAUGUAUGGGACAAGUGGGUGUGUCUCCUGCAGCAGAUGUACAACCCGGGAGCUGAUGUGACUGUGGAUGAGCGCCUGGUCCCCUUCAGAGGUCGCUGUGCCUUCAAGCAAUACAUGCCUAAUAAACCUGGGAAAUAUGGCAUAAAGAUCUGGACAGCGUGCGAUGCCAGGACCAGCUAUGCAUUCAACAUGCAAGUGUACACUGGCAAACCUGCUGAUGGACAGCCAGAAAAAAACCAGGGCAAGCGUGUGGUUCUUGAGAUGGCAGAAGGUCUCCGUGGACAAACAAUCACUUGUGAUAAUUUUUUUACAUCACAUGCCCUUGGCCAGGAGCUGCUCAAGAGAAAGCUGUCCAUGGUGGGAACAGUAAGGAAGAAUAAACCUGAGCUUCCACCAGCACUGCUUGCCACAAAAGACAGGGCUCGAUAUUCUUCCAAGUUUGCGUUCUCUGAGACACAUACUAUUGUGUCCUAUUGUCCCAAAAAAGGAAGAAAUGUGCUUCUGAUGAGCACUCUUCAUCGGGAUACUGCUGUCAGCGCCAGGGAAGACAAAAAGCCCCAAGUCAUCCUUGACUACAACCACAACAAAGGGGGAGUGGACAACCUUGACAAGGUUACAAGUGUGUACACAUGUAAGAGGAAGACAGCCCGUUGGCCCCUGGUGGUCUUUUAUAACAUACUAGACGUGUCUGCCUACAAUUCAUUUGUACUGUGGACUGAGAUCAACCCAACAUACAAUCAGGGGAAGUGCCACAGGAGGAGGCUGUUCCUUGAGGAGCUUGGGAGAGAACUGGUGAUGCCUCUAAUCAAAAGACGCCAGGUUCUUCCCCGCGCGCCAGCAUCUGCAAGCUUGGUUGUGGAAAUCCAGACGGAUGGACCCUCUACCUCCGCAGCAGCUCCUACUAACCCAGCUGCAGCCACAAGGAAGAGGUGCCGAUUCUGCCCUGGCAAGAGUGAUCUCAAAACCAGCAUCAGGUGCCAAAAUUGCAUGGCAAACAUUUGCAAAAAACAUGCCAUUACCACCACACACUGCUCAUCAUGCAAAUGA